AAUGUUACGAAAUUGUUUUCAAACAAUUUUUCAUUCUAGUCUAAGUGUUCGUGAUUCAUUAAAAUCAUUAAAAUCAAUAAAAUCUACGAGAACAUUCGAUGUUACAAGUAAAGAAUUAGCACAAUUAAUGGAAUAUCGUGGUUUAGAAUCAAUACAAAAAGUAAAAGAAUUUGGUUCAAUCAAUGGUUUGUGUAUGAAAUUACAUAUUUCUCUUGAUAAAGGUUUGGAUACAACUGGUGAUGACAUUAAACUACGAAAACAAGUUUUUGGUUCAAAUAAAUUGACAGAGAUUACAUCAAAAUCAUUUCAUUCAUUGAUAUUCGAAGCAUUACAAGAAAAAACAAUGGUUAUGUUAGAAAUAUGUGCACUUGUUUCAUUAGCACUUUCAUUUUAUCAUCCAUCCAAUGAAUCAUCUGAUGAUCAAAAUUUAUAUUCUGAACAAAUAAAUAAAGAUCGAUAUGGUUAUAUUGAAUCAGUUGCCAUAUGGUUAUCGAUUAUGAUCACUGUAUUUGUAAUGGCAACCAGUGAAUAUGGAAAGGAGGCUAAAUUUAGAGCAUUACAAAAUCGUUUGGAAAAAGAACAUAAAAUCAAUAUAUUACGUAAUGGUAAUAUAUAUGAAAUUUCAACAUCGGAUUUAGUUGUUGGUGAUAUUUGCAUAAUUAAAUAUGGUGAUGUUAUUCCAGCCGAUGGAAUUUUAUUCGAAUAUAAUGAACUUAGAAUUGAUGAAAGCUCAAUGACUGGUGAAUCAGAUCUAGUUGCUAAAAGUACGGAUAAAGAUAUCACAAUGUUUGCUGGAACUCAUGUGAUGGAAGGAAGUGGACGUAUGAUUGUUAUAGCUGUUGGUGCAAAUUCACAAACAGGCGUUAUUCAUACACUUAUGAAAAGUGGAAAAAAAGGAAAAUCAAUAUUACAAUGUAAACUUGCCGAUUUGGCUAUCAAAAUUGGAUAUUUUGGAAUAUCGAUUGCAAUAAUAACCAUUGUAAUGCUUAUCGUACGAUCAUGUAUUGUUGAAUUUGCUAUUAAAAAAGAAAAACUUGCAUAUAAACAUAUUAAAGAAUUUUUUGAUCAUGUUAUUACUGGUAUUACGAUUCUGGUUGUUGCCGUACCAGAAGGUUUACCAUUGGCCGUAUCAUUAUCAUUAGCAUAUUCGGUUAAGCAAAUGAUGAGAGAUAAUAAUCUUGUUCGUCAUAUUGAUGCAUGUGAAACGAUGGGUAAUGCAACAACAGUUUGUUCAGAUAAAACUGGUACAUUAACAGCAAACAAAAUGACUGCUGUACAAUGUUAUGCAUUUGGUAUUUAUUAUACAAAAUUAUCUAAACGACAACUGGAUUUUAAUUUUAAAAUUGAUAAUGAUAAUGAUUAUAAUGAUAAAAAUGUUAGUAAAAUUGAUAAAAAUACAAAUACAAAUAAAAGUAAUAAGGAUAAACAUAUUGCCGUACAUAUUCUGGCACAGAAUAUUGCAUUAAAUUCUGCAUAUACAAGUCGUAUUGCUCGAGAUGAAAAUAAUUUGAUCCGACAAUAUGGUAACAAAACUGAAUGUGCAUUAUUAGGUUUUCUUUAUAAACUUCAAUAUGAUUAUGCUAAAUUACGACAAGAAUUUCCUGUAAAUCAAAUUCAUCGUGUUUUUGCAUUCAAUUCAAUGAGAAAAUUAAUGCGUACAAUAAUCAAACUACCAGAUGAUCAAGGAUUUCGUUUAUUAGCCAAGGGUGCAUCAGAAAUUAUUCUACGAAAAUGUUCGUUUAUUAUUGGUGUGAAUGGAAAAUUAUUACGAUUAAAUAUGAUUGAAAAAAAUAAGAUUACACAAAAAGUAUUAAAAGUAAUGGCAUUGAAUGGUCUUCGUACUAUUUGUUUGGCUUAUGUGGAUUAUAUUUUUCAAAAUGAUGAUGAUGAUGAUACAACUACUACCAACACUACUAAUGAUGAGAAAAAAACCACCACCAACAAAUCUAACUGUAAGAUGAUUAAACGAAAUACUGAACCGGAUUGGGAUGAUGAAGAAUCAUAUUCGAAUAUGACAUUUUUAGCUGUUGUCGGUAUUGAAGAUCCUAUUCGUAUUGAUGUAGCACAGGCAAUAAAAAAAUUUCAAAAAUCCGGUAUAACCGUAAGAAUGGUAACCGGUGAUAAUAUUGAUACGGCUAGAUCGAUUGCAAUUAAAUGCGGUAUAAUCAAUCAUUCGGAUAAUUGUAAUAAUUCAAGAAAUAAACAAAAUCAAUUUAUGAUACUUGAUGGUAAACAAUUUAAUCAAAUGAUAAGAAAUGAUACGGGUGAAAUUGAUCAAGAUUUAUUUGAUCAAAUUUGGCCAAAUUUAAGAGUAUUAGCACGUUCAUCGCCUAUGGAUAAAUAUAUACUUGUUAAACAUAUUAUAGCAAGUAAAAUAACAUCAGCAAGAGAAGUAGUAGCUGUUACCGGUGAUGGAACUAAUGAUGCACCAGCAUUAAAAAUGGCUGAUGUUGGUUUUGCUAUGGGCAUUGCCGGUACCGAAGUAGCUAAAGAAGCAUCCGAUAUUAUAUUAACUGAUGAUAAUUUUUCAAGCAUUAUAAAAUCAGUUAUUUGGGGUAGAAAUGUUUAUGAUAGUAUUGCAAAAUUUAUACAAUUUCAAUUGACUGUUAAUAUUGUUGCUGUGUUGAUAUGUUUUGUUAGUGCAUGUAUUAUACAGGAAAGUCCAUUGCGUCCAGUACAAAUGUUAUGGGUUAAUUUAAUUAUGGAUACAUUAGGUUCAUUAGCACUUUCAACUGAAGAACCGGAUAAAAGUGUUUUACUUCGUAAACCAUAUGGACGUAAUAAACCAUUGAUUUCAAUAAAUAUGUUAAAAAUUAUUGUCGGUAAUGCUUUAUAUCAGCUAAUCAUCUUAAUAGUAUUUUUAUUCUAUGGUCCACAAUGGUUAGAUUUUGAUUCAGGUUUACAAUUUAGUCGUAAUACACCAACAGUUCAUUUUACAAUGUUAUUCAAUAUAUUUGUAAUGAUGACAUUAUUUAAUGAAAUUAAUUCACGUAAAAUUAAUGGUGAUCGUAAUGUAUUUGAAGGUUUAGCAUCAAAUUGGAUGUUUUGUUCGAUAUUUUCUGGUACAUUUUUUAUUCAGGUAUGCAUUGUACAAUUUGGUAGCAUAUGGUUCAAUACUAGUCCAUUAGAUUUAUCACAAUGGUUAUGGUGUUUAGCAUUCGGUAUUAGUAUUAUGAUAUGGGGUCAAAUUAUAACAACAUUAACAUUAAAAACAAGUAAUUAUAAUUGGAUUAAUGGAAUAAAUAAUACUACAUUAACUCAUCGUACUGCUACUACUCAUUCGACUAAGAGACGAAAUGAUGACUGAGAAAAUAUUUUCGGGUUAUUCUUGGUUUCCU